AUGUGCCAACUACGCAUUUCCGCUUUCCGCCAGUUUUAGGACCGCGCCAGAGCAGCAGAUAAACAAUCACACCUCGACACCGUAAGUUCUUUGUUCCAUCUGAGCUUCAGCCACACGCUUCACUACCGCCACCAUGUCCGAAAAGAUGAGUAUGUCCCUGGACGACAUCAUUAAGAUGAACAAGAAAGGAAGCGGCGGUGGAGGAGGAUCGUUCAGGUCGACGGCAAAUUCUGGACGGACCGGCGGAUCAUCGAGGCCAACGCGGAGUCGACAGAACAACUUCAACCGUGAAAGAAACAACAGAGCCACACCGUACACCAGGCCCAGAGAGUUGCCAGACAAAUGGCAGCACGACAUGUUUGAGGAGCAUGUUGGCGGACGCAGGGGACCGAGUGCAGUGGCAGAAAGAAGUGUAGAAAGUAGCGGCAAGCUCCUGGUUUCCAAUCUGGACUUUGGCGUUUCUGACUCAGAUAUCAAGGAAUUGUUUGAAGAGUUUGGCGAAUUAAGUAAAGCAUCCGUACACUACGACCGCUCAGGUCGCAGUAAAGGAACUGCAGACAUUCACUUUGAAAAUAAGGCGGAUGCAGUCAAAGCCAUGAAGCACUAUAACGGCGUCCCUCUUGACGGCCGCCCCAUGAAAGUCCAGCAAGUGACCUCAGACGACGACGACACACCGAGUAGACAAACUGUACAAAGCAGAGGGUUUGAUCGCAGCCGGCUUGGACAGCCCAAGUUUGAAAGGAGUGAAAGGAGGGACAGAGGUGAAAGAAGUGAAAGGAGGCAAGGUGGCAGCAGUGGAGGUUUCAGAGGAAGAGGUAGAGGCAGAGGAGGAGGAGGCGGAGGAAGGGGAAGAGGAAACAGACCCCAAUUUACUGCUGAGGAGCUUGAUGCCCAGUUGGAUGCUUACAAUGCCAAGAUGGACACCAGUUAGAAGUGCUCAGAGAGGAUGCUGCUCAUUUCAGACCGUUGUUUUCUUACUUCUGAAUGAAUAAUUAUGAUGGAUCACAUCUUGUUAUACUUGUGUUUGGAAGCCAUUUUUACUGUGCAGACCAUUAUGGUUGAUUUAGACUUUUUUAUUAAAUAUUUUUGUAGCUGUGUUCUCUUGGUUUUAUGAUUUGAGGAUUAUUCUUUUUGGUCACCAGCUCCCGUGUCCUCCAAAUGGACACUUUGAACAUUCAAUAUGAUUUUUCUUUUCUUUUUUUCAAAACCAUGGGAACAUGAUUUAAUGGUUUGACAGACAAUUACAUGUAAUGUUGAAGAUGUUAAAUGUUGUAUAUAGUUCUGCUGUUUGGAACUGUAAACUUGGCAUAUGGACAUUUCAAAGAGUUUUGUACAUAAAUGAUUAUAUUGAGUCA